GCCGCCGCCGCCGCCAUGGCCGCGAUGUUCUGCGCCCGCCGCCUCCUCCGCCUCGCCCGCCCCGCGCUGCCGCUGCCCCCCGCCCGUGGCUAUGCCGAGCCCGCCGGCGGCCCCGCCGCCAUGGCCUUCACCUUCGCCUCGCCCACACAGGUGUUCUACAACGGUGCCAGUGUGAAGCAGGUAGAUGUGCCCACGCUGACCGGCUCCUUUGGCAUCCUGGCAUCCCACGUCCCCACGCUCCAGGUGCUCCGGCCGGGCGUUGUCACAGUCCACGCCGAGGAUGGGACGGCCACCAAGUACUUUGUGAGCAGCGGCUCUGUCAGUGUCCACGCCGACUCCACAGUGCAGGUGCUGGCAGAGGAGGCAGUGACCAUGGACAUGCUGGACCAGACGGCGAAAUCCAACCUGGAGAAAGCUGUGUCAGAGAUGGCAGCAGCAUCCGAUGAAGCUGCUAAAGCAGAAGCUCAGAUUAAGGUAGAAGCUAAUGAAGCCCUGGUUAAGGCUCUGGAGUAAAUCCAGGAAUCCCAUUGUGGAUGCAGAACUCCCAGCCUGUCCCUGUUCUGCUCCCUGGUUGUACAGUUGGAACAGGACAAAUGGAAGCGGAGAAAUGAUUCUGAUCAAUUAAAAGGAAAUGUGACCCCCUCUCA